GAGGAAACAUACAAAGCCGUUAGAUGCAAGUGGAGUAUUAAUAAAAAAAUCGGUGGUGUGUAACAGUCAAAAGUUGCAGUAAGGAUAGAAGUGAAACAUCAAGUGCCAAAAUGAAGUACACAACAUUGCUUCUGUUCCUAGCAAUAAGCGCAACGUGUGCCGACUACCCGCAAUUCAAGCCAAUGAUCAGCGGAAGCUACGGCAAGCCCCCAUUGGUACACCCGCUGUGGGCAGCGAAACAGGCCGCCGGACAAGCAGCUCUCAAGCAGUACAUGGUACAGCUGCGAAGUGGCACUCGACUGUCCCCGGUAGCAGUGCGACCGGCGCCAGCAAUGAUGAUGAGUCAUAAGCGCCCGGUAAAGUCAGUCUUUUCGCCAUCGUACUCCCUGCUGAAGCAACCGCUGAUCAAACGACCGUUCCUGGGAGCAGCAUCUCAAUCGCCAUACGUGUUGAAUCUGAGUUUGAAGCCCAAAUUCCAGGGUUCGCCGCCGGGGCCGAAAACAGGUGAAAUCAUCUACGAGAAAUUGAAACCAUUGAUUUCACAAUCCAGUGGACGGUUGACAUCCCCCAAGGACGGAGCAAUUCAUACGAUUCCGGCACCGAAUCUGGCCAGCAGCAAAGCCAAACCGGUGCACCAGCUGAAAAUCACCUCGUUCGAUGACAGCAACCACCUGGAGAUCGAUAUCCACAAACCGACCAAGGCGACAUUCCCCGCCAAGAGCACGUUUGCUUCGCCCUCGCCGACGUAUGCGGCUCUCUCUACGCCACAGCCAUUUGCACCGUACCACCAUCAUCACCAUCAUCAGACACCGUAUCCACCCGCUACGGUCCACCAGUACCAGGUCACCGAAGAACACAACAAUGACGUAACGCUGAAAGAUCUGUAUUCCGGCCACAAGACAUACUUCGCUCCGGAUCCCGAUCCAUCCCUUCCGAGCAAGACUCUGGUACCCACUUCGGAUCCCCUGAGUGAACCCAGCAAUGGAAAAUACCUACCCAAUGACCUACUAAUCCAAGCGCAAACCCAAGGCCAAACCCAAUACCUUCCUCAGCCUAACACUGCCCCGUUGGUCCAGAAGCCAUACUACGAACUUGUUAACGCAGCUGCUCCACAGCCAGGCUAUGGCAUCCCGUUGGCCACGCAGCCUCAACUUCAACAGCACAUCCUCCAACAGACAUCCAUGUUGCAGGGAAUGCCAGUCUCGCUCUACAAUCCAACCUAUCUCGUGACCCAGUCCAAUAACCUCUUCAACAACCACCAACAGCAGCUGCAAACGAAUCUUUUCAAACCGGAGACAAGCUUUUUGGGCGCCGUCCAAACUCCACCGACGCAACCCGGAAAUGUUGUAUUCAAUUCCUACUCGUACAAGCAUGGAGAACCGGCAGCAAGCACAGGCCAAAUUCUUUCCGCCACCCAGGAUCAACUCAAUGAACUGCAAAACGCAGUCAGUCAAAUCCAGUUAAAUGACCUCCAAUCGCAACACUCCAACGAUGUACCCACGUACGCCCAACUCGUUGGCCAUGAGCAACUUGCACUCCACCAGCAACAGAUUCCACAGCAGAGCCAACUUGAACAAGAACUACAACAACAGCUCAUUCAGCAACAUGAAAAGACUUCCCGUCAUCAGUUAACCGAAGGCGAAAUCGCUAACCUUUUGAACUAUGGAACCAUCAACCUGCAUGACCAACUGUCGUCAAACGAUUACUACCACUACAACGUUGAUCAGGAGCAACAUCAUCAACAACAGUUCCAGCACCAACCACAACAACAGCAACCACAUCAACAACAGUUCCAGCUGCAACCACAACAACAACAACCAUAUCAACAACAACCGUAUCAACAACAACCAUAUCAACAACAACCGUAUCAACAACAACCAUAUCAACAACAGCAACCGUACUACGAUCUAUCCGAAAGGCAGGCAGAGAACGACAAGAUCCUAGCGCAAGCUCAGCAGGACCUCUACCAACAGCAACAGCAACCGGCAGCGACACAGUCCACCGAUUACCUGCUGGCCUACCAGGAGCAUCAACAAGCCGUUGCCAAUGCCCUUGAUCAGGCUAACGACGUCCAAAACAGCAAACGAGCAACUGACGAACCACAGACAACUACGACCCCACUGCGAAUAUUCGUGCCCGAUACGGAAAACGACUAUCCCAACAGCGUAAAAGCCCAGAAGCGCAUGGACGAGCUGAACUACGACUACGCUGACGACGAGGAGGCAGCCAAUCUAUUCAAUACUGAACCGAGUGUCGGGACGGAGGCCAACCAACCGGUCCACGACUAUCAAGAAGAAUCGACCGCGGAUAGUAUAGCCAGAGUCGACGAAGAUGUCGCGACCGAAAGCACCAGCGAUUACGAAACCGAAUUCUAUCGGCACUACAGCAAUCACCGAUUGGACUAGGGUCCGUCAUACAAAAUUCUGUAAUGAACAAAUUCCAUCUAAGGUGCUAACUAUGUUGGAUGAUGAUAGUGUUAAACACAGAUUCCUGGAUACAUGAUGAAGGUGGUCAGUUAUCAGACCAGCCUGCUUGUUGCGGUGGUGAGGAAUUUUUUUUUUUUCAGGUUUCCAAGCAUUGAAGUCGCC